AUGUCCGCCCGCGUCCUCAGCGCACCCGCCCAGCUGCACUUCGCCCCCGCCCCCGUCGCAGUCGCCGCGCAGGCACGCUAUGCCUUGGGCUUCACGCGCGGGAUCAGCAGCUCCACCGCGCCCCAGAAGGCCGUGUCAUUCUCGCUCGGCGCGGCCGCGCGCGACGAGACCGUCCCGGCGCACGACGGCAAGCUCCUCCGGAUGAUCAUGUUCGGCAAGCCUGGGGCCGGCAAGGGCACCCUCUCAUCCCGGCUGGUCAAAAAGUACGAGAUCGUCUCGCUCUCCACCGGCGAUCUCCUCCGGCAGCACAUUGCAGAAAAGACCGAGGUCGGUGUCCUUGCGGAGGAGAUCGUGGCUGCCGGAGGCCUCCUCCCGGACGACAUCAUGCUCAAGAUCGUGACAAGCAAACUGGACUCGCUGCACAAUAGGCAUUGGAUUCUGGACGGAUUCCCUCGGACACUAGGACAGGGCAAGCUUCUUGACGACCACCUUGCGGCGAAGGGCAACCCCUUGAGCUUGAUUGUCAACCUGGAUGUCCCAGAUGAAGUCAUCCUGGGCCGUAUCUCGGACCGAUGGGUCCAUCUCCCAUCCGGGCGUGUCUACAACCUUUCCUACAACCCACCAAAGGUCCCUGGUCUUGACGACGAGACCGGCGAGCCUCUCAUGAAGCGGCCCGACGACAAUCCGGCGGUUUUCGCUCGUCGCCUGGAGCAAUUCUAUGCCUCGACGUCUCCGCUGCUGACCUACUACGCGCUGCCGUCGGCUCAUGUAGGUCCCAGUAAGCUCGUCACCCUCGCAGGACGAACAUCAGACGAGAUCUGGCCACAGCUCGAAGGAACCGUGCUUUCGAAGUUCCCUUCAGUCAGGGAGCGUAUUGAGAGCAAGCGUCGCAGCAGUCUGUCAGACGCGGUCUUGGCUCGCAGUGACCGGGACCACAUGGACGGCAAGAGUACUGCAGUUUGA